CUUCAACAUUCAACAGGCGCUUACAGCACCGAUAUUAAUAAUUUUAUAUAUCUACCCGCCCCUUGCACUUUCUCAUAAAGAACAUGUAAGACGUUCAUCGUCAAAUUAAAUAGUUUUUAAUAUAAUUUUGGGUUUUAAUAAGUAAAUUAAGGCUCCGUAAUGUACACAUACGAUACAUUAAUUGGUGGCCCAUGAAGGGGAACCUACGAAAAUCAAGAAAAUUCAAGAAAGUGCGAUAGUACAAAGUCGCGUAUGCAGCAAGGGCGCGUAUGCAGUAACAUCUAGAAGAUUCCUUUCCCUGGGAGAAGACAGAAGAGUAAACCUUGGCUGGAUUGUGGAGUGCAGUGCAGUGCAACGUCGAAAGUUCACCCUGCGCGUCGAAGCAGUUGCCAGAGCUAAGUGCCCUUCCUUUGUCCUUCCAAAGCCCCAAUUCUUUUAUCUAAUAGUCAAAAUUGUAAACAAUUUUCUUUAGAUACUCUUAAAGAGGUAUAUUAUACUUCCACCUACGCAAAUACACAAAAAUAUCGUCAAAAUAAUCACUUUAUAUCUAGUUACAUUCUUUGGCAAUAUCGUACUUUCAACUUUCAACCUAAUAUUUCAAUUACAAUAUCUAAAUCAUAUGGUGGCCCAUGCUUAAUUAGUUUCAAUCUAUACAUUAUUUACAUAUUUCAUUAAAAAUAAACUACUUUCGAGACAAAUUAACGUAAAUUCUUGCUAAAACUUAACGUAACCUACCUAACCUAAAACAAUUUUACCAUUACAAAUUGGUUUUAUCUUUUAAAUUAGCCCUCAUUUUACCUCAUUCAACAAUAAUUUCAUUGUAUUUAAAGUAUUUCGCCGACUAUUCCAGGAUCGUCACGGCGCGGCUCAGCGUAGCAAGUCCCGUUAUAAUAUCAAGUAGCUACCAGUCAGCUGAGCUUGCGCAGCCGGACUCCCAGCGGCAGGUACACCGUAGUGAGGAGCGUGAGAUAAACCUUUUGUUAUCUUUAUUAUAGUUAACAGUUUUUGUUUACAUAAAACUAAAUAAUAACAAUGUCGAGCGAGGAUGAGAAACAAAAGGCUUUGGCCGCGAAACGCUUGAAAGAAUUAACUGUUUCGCGAAGUUCAAUUAAAGGACAAAUUACUAAAUUUAAAAUUUAUAUAAAUACGUUGAAUACAAAGGAGGAAAUUUCUAAUAUUGAAUUGGCCGAGCUAAGUCUUAAACUUAGCAAGCUUGAGGGUUUGUCAUCCAAGUUCGACACAUUGCAAAAUGAGAUUGAGGUCCUGAAUGCUGACCAAUUAUCGUCUGAGCUUGAUGAACGGGAGAUGAUUGAGCAAAAUAUUAUUACAAACAUUGCAAAGGCCAAAACAUUAAUUGAAAAAUACAGUACGAUUGAAAUGGAACGACGCAAUUCGGUCGCCGUUCCUGCGCCUGCUCAAUGUACUCACGAUCAUCAGGAUCAAGGUUUUAAAUUGCCACAAAUACAAAUUUCAAAAUUCGAUGGUGCGUAUUUCCGCUGGCUUGAGUUUCGUGAUACAUUCGAAAAUCUUAUUCACAAAAAUGAACGUAUAAAGCCUAUACAUAAAUUUCAUUACCUCAUAUCCUACUUGGAGGGCGAUGCGGCUAGAAUUAUUUCUAACUUAGAGGUGUCGUCUGCCAAUUACGAAGAAGCCUGGAAAUUGCUGGGCGACCGCUACAAUAAUAAAAGGUUGCUUGUCAACCACCACCUCAGUUCACUGUUUAAUAUACAAGCGCCCGCCCGCGAGUCCGAAAAGGCACUUCGUUUCUUGGUCGAUCAUGUCACUAAAAAUUUGAGAGCAUUGUCGAGUUUAGGCCAGCCGACCGACAAGUGGGAUAUGCUUGUUAUAUUCAUGUUGACGUCUAAAUUAGACGGUGCCCUAUUGAUAUGCCGAAAAAAAAUACGCCGAUUUUUGUUUCGCCGACAACGAUUCGCAGACGGGUUGUUUGGCAGAGUAACGAUUCGCCGAAUCUCGUUACGCAUAAUAGUCGUUUGCGAGAGUAGUCAAUAAGCAGAACAUUGAUACGCAUAUUUACUAUUCGUAGAAUAAUCAUUUAGUAACUGUCAUAAUUACCCGAGAAACCAUUGGUCGAAACACAAUAGGUCGAAUGUUCAUUUGGCAUUAAUAUUGAAUGUUCGCUCUAACGAUUUCGAUGAAAUUUGCUAUAUGGGGGC